UAUUCUCUACAAAGUAAACAAUAAAGUUUUUCUUAUCAUUUAGUUAUAAGACUAAGAUAAUAUGUAAAUUAAAUGUUGAGUAUGUUUGAUAUAUGAUAGUACAUUAUAUCUACGUAGAUAAUUAAACGUUUCUUUUGAUAUUAAACGUGAACUCAACCACGUCUCGACUUAGUUGCUAUUGAGUUUGUUCACAAUUUGUAGAUAUUUUUACAACAAUGCUUAAGGGUCUUGUUGGCUUAGUGACUGGUGGGGCGUCUGGCUUAGGACGAUCUACAGCCGAGUUAAUAGUGAAGCAAGGUGGACGAGUUGUUAUAUGUGAUCUGCCUUCCAGCACGGGAACAGGGACGGCUAAACAACUAGGAGAGAAUGCAGCAUUUGUACCAGUCAAUGUGACAUCAAAGGAGGAUGUUCAAAAUGCUUUACAGACUACAAUGGACAAAUUUGGUCGCCUUGAUGUGGCAGUCAACUGUGCGGGUAUUGCUACAGCAGCUAGAGUUUAUAACUUUAAGAAGGAUCAACCCUUCGACCUAAAACUAUUCCAGCAGACUAUUGAGGUUAAUUUGAUAGGCACUUUUAAUGUAAUCCGUUUAGCAGCUGGUAUGAUUGGUAAGAAUGCAGCUGAUGCGAACGGACAAAGAGGUGUCAUAAUCAAUACAGCUAGUAUAGCGGCAUUUGAUGGACAGAUCGGUCAAGCGGCUUAUGCAGCAUCAAAGGCAGGCGUAGUUGGUAUGACGUUACCAAUAGCUAGAGAUCUCGCAAAGCAAGGCAUCCGAGUAGUAACUAUUGCACCAGGUUUAUUCCGUACACCUAUGAUGGAGCAGCUACCGGAGUCUGCUAUUAAGCAGUUAGAAGCUUCAGUUCCUUUCCCACCCCGUCUUGGAAGUCCAAAUGAAUAUGCCUUAUUAGUUCAAAGUAUUAUACAAAAUCCAAUGAUCAAUGGGGAGACUAUAAGAUUGGAUGGCUCAUUGAGAAUGCAACCUUGAAAUUUUUAUAUUUGCAUGUUUUGUGAAUAAAAAUUGUUGUAGAUUUUAUUGGUAAGAGGGAAUAAAUCGUUUUGCGUUUAA